GCAGGAAGUGGCUCCGGGGCGCAUGCGCCUCGUCUCCACGGUACUUGAAGUAGUUUCCUCCGCCGGCGUCUCGGGACCCCGGCUCUCAGGAUUCCGGUUCGCGGCUUCUCGCCCUCUCCCCUUCCUCGGCGCAGCGGCUUCGCAGGCUCCAGAAUCCUCCUGCUCCUCGCAGCCGGCCUCCCUCCGCGGCGCGACUCUCAGGGCCACGAUGAGUUUGUUUGGAACAACGUCAGGUUUCGGAACUGGUGGGACCAGCAUGUUUGGCAGCACAACCACGGACAACCACAACCCUAUGAAGGAUAUUGAAGUAACAUCCUCUCCUGACGAUAGCAUCGGUUGCCUGUCUUUUAACCCACCAACGUUGCAGGGGAACUUUCUCAUUGCAGGAUCGUGGGCUAACGAUGUUCGCUGCUGGGAAGUUCAGGACAGUGGGCAGACGAUCCCUAAGGCCCAGCAGAUGCACACGGGGCCUGUGCUGGGGGUGUGCUGGAGCGACGAUGGGAGCAAAGUAUUUACGGCUUCGUGUGAUAAAACUGCCAAAAUGUGGGACCUUAACAGUAAUCAAGCCAUACAGAUUGCACAGCACGAUGCUCCUGUUAAAACCAUCCACUGGAUCAAAGCACCAAACUACAGCUGUGUGAUGACCGGGAGCUGGGAUAAGACGCUGAAGUUUUGGGAUACGCGAUCAUCAAAUCCUAUGAUGGUUUUGCAACUCCCUGAAAGGUGUUACUGUGCCGACGUGAUAUAUCCUAUGGCCGUGGUGGCCACUGCAGAGAGAGGACUGAUUGUCUAUCAAUUAGAGAACCAACCUUCUGAAUUCAGGAGGAUAGAAUCCCCACUGAAACACCAGCAUCGAUGUGUGGCUAUUUUUAAAGACAAACAGAACAAGCCGACUGGUUUUGCCUUGGGAAGUAUCGAGGGGAGAGUUGCUAUCCACUACAUCAACCCCCCGAAUCCAGCCAAAGAUAACUUUACCUUUAAAUGUCAUCGAUCUAACGGAACCAAUACUUCAGCUCCUCAGGAUAUCUACGCGGUCAAUGGAAUCGCGUUCCAUCCUGUUCAUGGUACACUUGCCACGGUGGGAUCUGAUGGCAGAUUCAGCUUUUGGGACAAAGACGCCAGAACAAAACUUAAAACUUCAGAACAGUUAGAUCAACCGAUAUCGGCUUGCUGCUUCAAUCACAAUGGAAACAUAUUCGCAUAUGCUUCCAGCUACGACUGGUCAAAGGGACAUGAAUUUUAUAAUCCCCAAAAGAAAAAUUACAUUUUCCUGCGUAACGCAGCCGAAGAGCUGAAGCCCAGGAACAAGAAGUAGGGGAGCCUCCUGGCUGCCACAGCGCCUUCCUCUCCACUCUGCCUCGUCUCACGAACUUGGGUCCCAGCUUUUUGUGGGUUCAGCCAUGGAUGUGGAUUCCAACCCUCGGGGAAAACUGUCAUUGUUUGGCAGUCGGGCCCAGCGGGCCACAGUGACCGUUGGUCUCUCCAUUCCACUGCCCAUUACAGACGUCUCUGGAACUGUGAGGGGGUUGGAGUCGCUGUAGAAGUUAGGUCCCUGCGGGCGACUGCCAGGCAUUCGCAGUCUUCGCUCAGCAGCGUGUGUAUAGAGAACACUGGGAAUCAUUUUGUGAACCCUGGACUGUAUUUUGUAAUAAAGCAUUUCGAAGAUUGUCUCCUAAGCUCACUGUGUCCACCUUGCCCGCCCGCCCGCCCAGUGAGCUCUGACGUCAUCCUAUGCAACACCAUCGUUGGGGUUUGAUUGGCGACUUCAGAUGCCCUUUGGGAAAUGCAGAAAUCUUGCACCUCGGGAAAGAGGGCGUCCUGAGCCGUGACUGCCACGUGGGAUGUGUAGCCACAGCCUCUCCCAGCGUCGGCGGGCGGCUCGAAGGCAGUUUUCUCUCCGCCCUUCGUUCCUGUCUGUAAAUCCCCACUGGUUUUCCACUCUGCUGGGCAGCUGUCCUGUGACAAACGGGAGUGUUCCUUGUGCUAAGGGACAGGCCUCUGUGGGCAGGGCCCGAGGGGGGCAGUGUUUGAACCCCCACCUCCUGCCUGGGCCAGCACUCUGCUCCUGUGCCCGGUGGUGGUAGUCUGGACUGCUUUUUUAUUUCAUGUAAUUUAAAAUUCCCGAUUGGUAAGUAUCGGAUGAAAUUCAGUUUAGUAUUUGACUUUUGAGUCUCUUGCUGUGUUUUUGCCCUGUCAUCUCAAAUGCUUCUUAUGCUUUACUAUUUGAGGCUGGUAUGUAAACUAAUUUGCUGAGUAUGAAAAUCUGUCAUCAAUAAUGUAAGAUGUGUUUGCCUACUCAUAAAAAGCAAUGACAAUAAAAUUUUCUACUGGAA